GAACAGCUGACAGCAGCCUAAGAAGGCCAGCUGAUCUAUUUAUAGCAGAGUCCCUGUGAGUCCAGGACCUGAUCCGUCUCAGUUCUGCAGCUGCACCCCGUCUCACCACCACCAUGCCCGGCAGCCAGGCCCGGUCCCGGGCCAGAGACCGGAACAAUGUCCUGAACCGGCCCGAGUUUAUGUCCCUGAACCAGCCCCCCCGCUGGGAGCAUGGGGCAGGUGAAGGGCGGGGGGGUCCGAGGAGAGCCAGCAGACAGCAGAGUCAGCAGGAAGACGCUGGAGGGAGGGGGUCCAGGGAGUCCUCCGAGGGGGGCCCGGCAGCCGAGGGGGGUCUGAAGGACCAGGACUGCAUGCAGCUGAACCCGUCGUUCCGCGGCAUCGCCCUCAGCUCGCUGCUCGCCAUCGACAUCAGCCUGUCCAAGCGGCUGGGCGUGUGCGCGGGGACGCGGGGCGGGGGGGCGGGGGCCCCGCUGCGCUCCAUGGUCGCCCUGCUGGCCCUCACCGGACACGCCCUGCCCUGGCUCUGUGGGACGCUCGUCUGUCUCUGGAGCAGCAACACGCUGGCGGGACAGGAAGUCCUCGUCAACCUGCUGCUGGCCCUGAUCCUGGACCUGAUGACGGUCGCGGGGGUGCAGAAGCUGGUCAAACGCCGAGGACCAUGGGACUUCCCUCCAGGGUUUCUGGACUACAUCGCCAUGGACGUGUAUUCCUUCCCAGCAGCCCACGCCAGCCGGGCCGCCAUGGUGUCCAAGUUCCUGCUGCACCACCUGGUGCUGGCGGUGCCCCUCAGGGUUCUGCUCUACCUGUGGGCCCUCCUGGCCGGCGUGUCCCGGGUGCUUCUGGGUAAACACCACAUCUCCGACGUGGGCUGUGGAUUCGCUCUCGGCUUCCUGCACUUCAGCCUGGUGGAGUCCGUUUGGCUGGACUCGGCCACCUGCCAGACCCUCAUCUCCAUCGGCACGCUGCGCUGGGCGCCCCUGGUCUGACCCGGUCUGACCCGGUCUGACCCGGUCCAGCUGGGAGGAAAGCUGCGUUCAGGAGGCAACCCGGUCUCCAGCGGCUUCCAUGACUUGUUGCUUUAAUGCUCGUAGUCCGAAGGGUCCCAGUCCUCCGGGUCAGGGUCCCCGAGGAAGGUCGAAACCAGGACAACUGGACUUGGUGGAGGUUUUCAAAGGGCCCGUGUUAUGAAAACAUCCUUUUUUCUGGGAUUUGGGGGUUAUUUUGAGUCUCUGGUGCUUCACACACACAUGGAAAAUAAUAAAAAAUAUUGUAAAAAAAAAAGUCAAAAAAAUGUUGAAAAAAGCUAAAAAUGCAACAAAAAACUUGAACGACGCUGUAAAAAGUGAAGAAAAGACUUUAAAUCUGGUGGAGAAAUA